AUGGCACCCGUUCCGUUCAGGUCGCAGGCCAAGGAAACCGGCGGCGAGAACCACUACGAUUUGAUCGUUAUCGGCGGAGGUUCAGGAGGACUCGGUGCAGCUCGUCGUGCGGCUCAGUAUGGCGCUCGCGUGGCGAUCAUCGAGGAAACGUGGCGUCUUGGUGGGACGUGUGUGAAUGUGGGUUGCGUGCCGAAGAAAGUGAUGUGGCACGCUGCCGAUUUGGCCGAGAAGAUGCACCAGGCCAACGCCUACGGUUUCACCGUGCCCGAGAGCGCCACGAAGAUUGACUGGCCGACCAUUAAGCGCAAGCGCGACGCGUAUAUCGAGAGGCUUAACGGGAUCUACGAGCGGAACGUCGAGAAGGACGGCGUCGACUACAUCACCGGCCAUGCUGCGUUCGUCGACAAGAAGACGAUCAACGUCCUGCCGACCUACCCCGAGUCGAAGGCCCACGGCGGAUCCGACGUCGAGCGCAAGUACACGGCCGACCGCUUCGUGAUCGCAGUCGGUGGAACUCCUACGCUGCCCACCGACAUCCCAGGCUACGAGUACGGCUUCCACUCGGACGGCUUCUUCUACCUCGAAGAGCUCCCGAAGCGCGCAGUUGUCGUCGGCGCCGGCUACAUCGCCGUCGAGCUUGCGGGCAUCUUCCACACUCUCGGCGUCGAGACUCACCUCGUCAUCCGCCGCGACCACGUCCUCAAGGCGUUCGACCCGAUGCUUCAGGAGACGCUUCAGCAGCACAUGAUCAAGACCGGCAUCCACAUUCACACGAACUCGCACGUCACCAAGGUCACGACCGAUGUCGAGAAGCCCGACCUCUACAAGCCCUUCCCAAAGGUCAUCCACACCGACAAGGGCGAGGAGAUCGGCGCCGACGUUCUUCUCUGGGCUAUCGGCCGUCACUCGCUCACCGACAACAUCGGCGCCGAGAAGAUCGGCCUCAAGCUCGAGAAGAACGGCGACAUCCCGGUCGACGAGUACCAGACGACCAACGUCGACAACGUCUUUGCCAUCGGCGACGUCGGCGGCAAGGCUCUCCUCACACCCGUCGCUAUUGCUGCGGGCAGGCGCCUCUCGAACAGGCUCUACGGCGGCGUCAAGAACGACAAGCUCAGCUACGAGAACAUCCCGACCGUCGUCUUCUCGCACCCGACCAUCGGCACUGUCGGCCUUACCGAGCCGGAGGCGCGCGAAAAGUUCGGCGACGAGAACAUAAAGAUCUACAAGUCGACCUUCACCGCUCUCUACUUCUCGAUGAUGGACCCCGAGCACAAGGAGCCGACCGCCAUGAAGCUCAUCUGCGCCGGCAAGGAGGAGAAGGUCGUCGGACUCCACAUUAUCGGCCAGGGCAGCGACGAGAUGCUCCAGGGCUUUGCUCUUGCUGUCACUAUGGGAGCGACCAAGAAGGAUUUCGACUCUUGCGUGCCGAUCCAUCCCUGCAGCGCGGAGGAGCUGGUUACAAUGCGCUAG